UGACAUUCGAGCACCUUUAUUUUGUCGAUUGGACUGUAUUUUGUUGAAAAUCUUGUUAAAAUAGAGUGAUUUGAAAUUGAAUUUUAGUAGGUUUUUGCGUAAUAGUGAUGACCAAGUGGCAUAAAAGGAUUAAAAUUUUGUGUUGAGUGAUAAUCGUUUGGAAGUUCGUUGUUGGAACGGUUCAGUGAAACUUGGGGGACAUUAGUGACGGAAAUCACCAAGUUUGUGGUGCGGUCAUCCAGCAAAAGCAAUAUAAACAAAGAGGUGAAGGCUCAUAUAUUAAUGGUUUUCCGUACACAAGCCCAAAUUUAAGCAUUCUGAAAGCUCAACUUGGUGUAAUGCUCCUGUCUUAACAUAUGGCACAAUGAAAAUAGACAGGUCACGGGUGCGGAAAAGCACUUCUGAUGUUCCUAUCGAGUGCCAACAGCUUAUUGAGAGGCUCCAGGCAUGUUCCCGAACAGAACUCCUUGAAGAACUGUCCAAAAUCAACACCUGGACAUUUGGGAAAUGCGAGCUUCUUCACUGGGCCUUAGUUCUUGACGUUUUCGAUAAAAUAUUAGGAGAAGCGGGACGAAAAUCCUUUGAAAAUAAGUGGGCUCUGAAAUGUGAUACUCAUUACAAUAGCACAGAAAAGAAAUUGUUACUAUGGAUCUUACACUUUACUACCCUUUUGAUAGAACAUUCGUUUUCUCGACAUCUGUACAAUUCGUUGGAACACUUGUUGGUACUUCUGGAGUCAAACGACAUGUCAGUAGUUCUAGGCGUUCUAAACCUAUUGUACAUGUUCUCCAAACGUAGCAAUUUUAUUUCACGGUUAUCACCUGAAAAGAAAAAUUCUUUAUUGUCGCGGCUCCAUCAUUUGGCAGAGAAUUGGGGCGGAAAGGAGAACGGUUUUGGUCUUGCUGACUGUUGCAGAGCAGAUGAAACCUUACCUUUCUCCGCAACCACCGUGCAUGUAGAGUUUCAUAGGGAAUGUGAAGACUCAAAGGAUGCCUCAUCGAAAAAUAGCAAAAAUUCUCCACAUAUUAUUCAUAUUGAACAUGUAGACAAAAUUCAUAGAACUCCUGCCGAAAUUAUGAAAUCGUUACUGGGAAUGUAUUAUGUGCCUCCUGAUAAACAAAUGUGGUUGUUCACGCGUGUGCGCUUGGCUUACCACUUCGCCGAUUACAAUAACCGUCUUCUGUGUGUGCAAGCAAGACUGCAGGCUCUUUCUGUGCUUGUUUACUCUAAUGCGAUUCAAGAUUCUCCUCAUAAUCUACUCUACAAUGGCCUUCUUGAAGAAUUGGUAGAGUUAGUUGAAAUGAAGGACCCUCAUUUGGUUGAAAUUCGCUCCGCGGCCCUUAGGACACUAACAGCUAUCAUACAUUUAGAUAGAAAUCCUCAUAUUCCAAAAAAACCCGGUUCUAGACUUAAUAAUAUUAUUGACGUCACAGGUGCUAGUCAGUACCAUGGAUUUUUGCCUCUCUUAGUUAGGAAUUGUAUUAUAACUCUUACAAAUCAAAACAGUGAGAAUCAAAGUAAAAAAGACGACCCUGAUAAAGCAGACAUUGAUAUUGAUUGUGAGGAAGCAAAAAUGAUGGAAAACAGUGAUGUUACAAUGAGCCCACAACAAGUUCUUGAUUAUAAUGCUAAAUUCCCUUUGUCUUUAGCAACUGCUCUGUUUUCAUUUUUGUACCAUUUAGCAAGUUAUGAAGCAGGAGGCGAAGCUUUAGUUUCUUGCGGAAUGAUGGAAUCGCUUUUACAAGUCAUCAACUGGCAUGGAGUCGAAUUAGAACAUAUUACUUUUGUUACUCGAGCCGUUAGGGUCAUUGACCUUAUUACCAACAUCGACAUGCAAGCUUUCCAAACUCAUGGAGGUCUGCAGAGCUUCAUUAACAGGCUUGAUGUCGAGGUAAAAUUGUGCAAAGCCGAGCAACUCUACGAAAUAAAAUCUACAGCGACUGAUCAAACUUUUCUCGAGGAAAGCGCAGCAGGUUCCUCUACGGAAACUCCGGAAAAUUCAAGCGAACCUUCUAAACUAGUCGACCUUGAAUACCACCCUGAAAACGUUGGAAAAACUUGUUUACCCCAAAGAGCAGCUCUGUUAAAAUCGAUGCUUAAUUUUCUGAAGAAAGCAUUACAAGAUUCGACUUUUUCGGAUAAUAUCCGACAUUUAAUGGAAGGAACUUUGCCAAAUUCACUGAAAAAUAUAAUCGCAAAUGCGGAAUAUUACGGCCCUUCAUUGUUCCUCCUAGCCACCGAUGUUGUCACUGUUUAUGUUUACCAAGAACCGUCUCUAUUGUCCGCCCUACAGGAUAAUGGCUUAAUUGAAGUGGUCUUGCAUUCGUUGUUGGUGAAGGAAAUCCCAGCGACUCGUGAAGUUCUAGGAUCACUACCGAAUGUAUUCAGUGCUCUAUGUUUGAACAAUCGAGGCUUGCAACAGUUUAUUAAAAUGAAACCAUUUGAAAAAACCUUUAGUGUUUUACUAUCACCGGAUUACUUACCGGCGAUGAGAAGGAGGCGAAGCUCGGAACCAAUGGCUGAUACUGCUUGUAAUCUAGGUAACGCAAUGGAUGAGUUGAUGCGACAUCAGCCAAGUCUUAAAAGCGACGCAAUUAAAGCAAUUAUUGAUCUUCUCGAGGAGUUAGUCAACUUAGGAACAGAUCCGAAGUAUAUUUGCUGGAAACCACACAGCAAGUCCGAAGUGUCCCCCUCUAGUAGUACACGAUCCGCAACCAACACUGAAGGUUCUUCUGAUGAAGAAGAUGAAGAUGAAGAGGAGGCUUCAACAUCGUCUCAAAACGCCCAAAACGACGCUCAAGUCCAGCAAGAAAACAGUGAACGAACUCCAAUAGCCCUCAUUGACUACAUCCUAAACACAAUGAAAUUUAUUGAUGCAAUUCUUAGUAACAAUUCCACCGACGACCACUGUCGUGAAUUCGUCCAACAAGGCGGUCUUCGCCCACUUUUGAAAAUUCUUGGUUUACCAAACUUACCAGUAAACUGUCCUGUUACUAAUCCAGCUCAAGCUGUUGCAACUGUAUGCAAAAGCAUUCUAAAUCUUGCACAUGAAACGAAUUUAUUCAAAGAGGGUUUAGCUCAACUGAGUGAAGUUCUUGAAGUAUUGAAACCAAUGUAUACGAAAUUGGAUGUUCCAAGUGGACCCAAACUGUUACUUGAACUAGCCGGAGCCUCAAAUGUUGAAAACGCGUUUAAUAACGCUAGCGUAACGCCAUUGUUGCAUGCAAUGGGCGCGGCACAUGGAUACAUUAUCAUGUUGGUGCAUGUUUGUCGGACAGGUCAAAGCGAAAUCCGGAAUUUGUCACUCCAGAAUUGGGGAUCGGAAGAAGGACUUAGGGUCAUUAAAGGACUAGCAGACUUGUACACUUCUCUGGUAUGGGAAAGUACCCUCUUGUUGGCGUAUUGUAGUGAAGAAUUUAUUCCAUCGGAUUUUACAAGAGAGGAUAUCGAGAAAUUGAACGCUUUCUUUGACAAGUGUGAAAGUAGCAACACGGGAAGUGACAGCACCGUCAACGUAGCUUCAGCAAUGGAAGCUUUGACUACCAAUCCACCCACGAUCUCCAUGGACGUGGACCAGGAAGCAGUAACACUCAAUUUAAGCACAAGUUUGAAGUACAUUAAACCGUUACUUGGCGCUUCUUCAAGACUAGGUCGAGCUUUAGCAGAAUUGUUCGGUCUUCUUGUAAAAUUGUGCGUCGGUUCGCCGAUUCGCCAACGGAGAGGUCAAAACAUCAUUGCUGCACCUCCUUUACCCACACCGUACGCACGCAGUGUUGCCACAGCUCUAAAUGUUUUGUUAGCCGAUGGUUUAGAUUAUGAGAGGCUUCCAGCAUGUCCACUACUCAAAUCAAGGAUCACAUUCUUGAUUUGUAGUGUUGGUUUUACGAGUCCUAUGUUGUUUGAUGAGAAGAGAUAUCCCUAUCAUCUAAUGUUGAAAAAGUUUGUUGCUUUAGGAGGCCAAGCAACUUUCUUCAAUACGUUUCGGUGGGCUUUGAGCGCUGGUGGGACCAUUCCCAUUGAGAAGGCGUUCGAGCAGGGGGCGUUGCCUGAAGGCACUGCGGGCUUUCUGGACGCGUGGUUGAUGUUACUUGAAAAAAUGGUAAACCCGAAAGCGAUUCUUGAGUCUCCUCAUAUAAUAUCAAAUCGGUCAUCGCAAAGUUCCACCUACCGGGGAUAUAAUUUCGAUCCGCUUAAAUACCUAAUCCAGAUUCAUAAGUUAGCAUUUGAGGCUGUUAUGUUGUUGUGGGAUAAAGCUCCAAUUGCCACUUACGGUACUCGCUUAUCCGAGAACAUUCUAACAAUUUUGCGCCAUAUUCUGCGAGGUGAAAAAAUUAUCAAGGAGAAACUGAAAGCAGAGGAGAAUUUGUCUACCGAUCUAAGUCGACCUAAAUCAUCAUCUGGGAAUUCAAGUCGUGAACCUGAAGUAAAUCCUGAGAGUUUAAGACAAUUAAUGGAUAUGGGUUUCUCUCGCGAACAUGUGACUGAUGCUUUACUUAAUACAUUGACAGUUGAACAAGCAACUGAUUAUUUACUGACAAAUCCACCUUCUCUGUACCGUAUUUCUCAAUCGUUCAUGAAUUCAGACGAGGAUGACCAAAUGAUGCAAGCUAUAGCUAUUUCACUCGGAGCAUCAAACAAUUUACCAAGUGCAUCUAAAAAGAGGCAAAUUCAAGAUGAUGGAAAACCAUUAGCUGAAAGUCUAAUUGAUGAAUUUACAAAUCACGCUCUGGAGGCCUGCCUCAAACUACUAGACGCGACUCCUGAAUGCGUUCACAAAAUUUGCGAGUUACUUGUAACUAUAAUGAAACGUAACGGGCGCACGUUCCGUGAUAAUCUUCUCGAUACUUUAGUCAAAGAGAUUUAUGAGAGUGCUAAAACUGUUUGUUACGCCCUAAAACAAGCCGAAGCCGAAUUGCAAGACAUCGCAGAAUUGCCAUGUGCGUCACGUUUAGCAAAUUACAUACACUUGUAUAUUUUAUUCUUUGAGGUUUCGUCCUAUUUUGAAAUGAAAAUUCCAUGUGCUUUGGCUAUACAUAAAAUUGAUUUAAUUAAUCUUCUCAUUAAGUUAAUUUGUAUGGCCGAGAAAGUGAUGAGUCGUUCCGAAAACUUUAUCGAACCAAAAUGGUUAGCAUCUUCAUUUCUUCUAAUCGAUGCUGCUUCGAAAGUUGCAACUUGCACUCAUCGCAAACGAAAUAUGCAUUUGAGCACGACACGGGUCUGGCGUUGGUUCCACUUAGAAACGGGUAAAUGGACGCCUUAUUCAAAUAGCAAUAAUAAGUUAAUUAACGAUGCCUAUUGGAAUGGCGAGCAAAGUGUUAGAGUGAUUUGUGGCCGCAGACGCUAUACUGUAACUUUCUCAAAUAUGCUGCAACUGAACGAUGAAAGCGGUAAUAACCGCCCAAUUUGUAUGACUCUCAUUAAUUCAGGAUUGCCGAGUUGUUCUGAUGUUUUCAUCAUCAAUUUGGAAGAAUCUCUACAAGCGGAACUCACCGAAAAGGAAGACAAGAGAUGUCAAUAUGUACGUAACCUAGACAAAGCGCAAGAAACCAAAAUUGUACGAGCUUGUGUGAAACUUAUGCACAUGUCGAUUGAUAAAGACCUUCUACACUCAAUUUUACAAAUUUGUAUUCGAUUGACUCGUGAUUUUGAAUUGGCUAAAAUUUUUGUUCAGGAAGGAGGCGUCAAGUGUUUACUUAAAAUGAAACAAGUGAGAGAAUUCGCCGGUUUUGGUAUUUUAGCAACGAUUUUAAUCCGACACGCCUUAGAAGAACCCAACACAUUAUCUUAUGCUAUAGAAAAAAUCAUCAGAGCUCGAACACUGUCGACUAUACCACCUUAUUACAAAGAAUUACUGUAUCUUACUAGACAGAUAGGCGGCGCUGUAACUCGUUCACCAGAAAUGUUUUUCGAAGUUGCCAAAAACAUCCUUCGAGUCGACACAGACGUCAGUCGGGAAGAUGUUGAUUCGCGAAUACCGGUUAAAACCGAACCGCCGACUCGAACCCGAGCGCCACCAUUGGAAGAAGUUGUUUCGAAUGAAGUAAUUUGCGACUUGUUGAAUGCUUUGUUAAAACCACUUGAACUUGUCGAUGAAACCCAACCACAAAAUUCACCGCAAAGUGCACCUCAGACUAGUAGUAGCAAACCGACUGAAAGUGUCACUGGCGAUAAUGACGAUUCAGGCCCUGGAACACCAGCAUCUCGGGCUCAGACUGAUGCUAACUCUGAAAAUCGUAGCGAUUCGGAACAGAAGAAGAAAAAAAUGAUGUUACCAAAAUCCGUAAUUUUGAAAAUUUUGGGUGACGCAGUGGUGUCAUACGGACCUGUUGCUAGAAUUAUUACGGAGUAUACAUAUAAGGCUGGAUCUGCCGAAUGUGUUAAAGAAGAUUGCACAGCUUUGGCGUUUAUCUUAGAUAAAAUUCUCCCAGAAACUGAGAAUUUGUCCGAUUCGGAUUGUUCGACAAUGUGUCGUAUGUUGAUUGCGGCAAUCGCAAGUUCGAACCACUCACCUGAAGCUCAGUUUACUCUCGUGAGUGAAGUCCGAGCUGCACUUCUCCGAGGCUUGGUGAUGCCUGAAUCAACCGAAAAACACAGUCAAGUGCAAUUAAUCGCAGGGAUUAUCUCUAUAAUGAUCGAUAAUUGUCCAUCGUCGCAAGCUAGAGUCAAAUCGCAACCACCGACACCUCAAAUGAACAAUAUUGUCCGAUUGAUGAUUCGCAAAUCGCUCUUCAAUGAUCUAGCCCGAGUUCCACAUUUCCUCGACUUGUCAUCACCAAACACACCGUUCACUGUCAAUGCUUGCUUGAAAUCACUUGAAGCCUUAUCAAGAAUUGUCAAUCAACCGGUCCCGGCUAAUGUGCAAAAAAGUCGAAAGAAUCAACAGGCCACUGAUGAGAGUGCUGGCACUCAAAGUGGUACUUCAACCGAAGGGACGAACGCUCAAAGAGAAGUCGUGAUUGAUGAUUCUGUCGUUAUUGAAGAUUCGGAAAAUACCGAACAUGAUAUAGCUGUUGUUACGUCAACUAUUGAAGUCGAAGCGAACGAGAAUGAGAAUGUUUUAGUGCACAUGAUUGAUCAGUUACUUGAGCAAGGGAACGAUAAUAAUCAAAGUUUUAGCGAUGUUGCAUCGUCUAGAAAUCAUACAAUGGAUAUUGAUGAAGAUGGUAAUUUGACUUUUGAACAUGAAAGAGAUGCAACUGAGGAAUUAAUGAGUACUGAUUCGGGUGAAUCAGAUUCGAAUCCGUCUGAUCAAGUCGAAGAUGAAGAAAAUGAUGAUAAUGAAGGAGACGAUGAAAAUAUUGAUGAUGCUGACGAUACAAAUUACGAUGAUGAAGAUGGUAGUGACAGAAGGCGAGCUUCCUACAUGGACCGCAAUGAUGACGUCUUGAUGAUUCAAUACACCAAUCCGGGAUCUGAAAAUGAAGUAGUGACCCGAAUGGUUGCUUAUCCAAUGGGAGACCAUGCCGCCUUCCCCAUGCCCUUAUUCGAUGAAAUUAACAAUAGUAGUGAUCAUACAGGUCCUAUAGUCCAUCCAUUGUUACUAUCUCGUAACACAAGCGAAAAUAACACAAGCACAGCAACACGCACCCAGCGUGUUACUAGGGCUCGCCGUUAUCAAUAUUUGUUCAAUCCACGAAAUCCCAACCCUCCAGUCAUUUUACAAAGACUUUUAGGACCACACGAACCGCAGGUUACUUUAGCUUCAGCUAAUAGUAUUUUGGGUGGUCCUCCUGAAAUGCGUGAAUCUGCAAGAUUGGUAGUAAUGGAUAAUUUCGGUUUAUUACCUUCACAUGAAGAACAAAUUGAUUUUGUUGACCAAUCAUCGGGUUAUCUUCUCGGUCCGAGUUUAGCUGCAACUUUAAAUCAUAUUUCACCGGUUUUACAUUGGUGGAACAUUGAAUCGAAAUGUUUAGACUACGAGUCGGUAUAUGAUGUUACAACGGAAGUGUGCAAUAGAUUGAUACCGAUUUUGAUAAAACAACGAAAUGUUGAAAUUGUCGAGAAAAGGAAAUCGCACGAUACUUUGAGACGAUUUAAAUUCUUCGAGGAUGAUUACAUUAAACCAGCUGAAGAUUCGACUGAACCAAAUGCAACUGAUGGUACUGAUGAAGAUAUAGAUGGCGUACCGUUGGAAACAUCUGAUACGUCAAAUGAUGAUCGUUCAGAUGCUAAUAAUAGAAUGGACUCAUCGCCAUUUAUCGGAUUUGACAAUGGGACGGAACAAGUUAGACGAAACUCACGUCCGAGUAUCAGAUCUGAUACUGUUAGAAAUAACGAAGAAAACAAUGAAAAUGGUGAUCGAAAUGGCAGAUCUAUCAAUCCAUUUGAAAUUCCGACAUUGUCACCAUAUACACCACCUUCACGUUUGACGGAAAUGUUCCCACCAAGUGUGCUACACCCUCCAGACAUAGUCGAACAUGCAGAUCAAGAAAAUAACGAAGAAAGUAAUGAAAAUGGUGAUCGGAACGGCAGAGCUGUCAAUCCAUUUGGAAUUCCGACAUUGUCACCCUACGUACCACCUUCCCGUUUGCCGGAGAUAUUUCCACCAAACAUGCUUCACUCUCCAGACAUAGUCGAACAUGCAGAUCAAGAAAAUAACGAAGAAAAUAAUGAAAGUGGUGACCGAAACGGCAGAUCUGUCAAUCCGUUUGGAAUUCCUACAUUGUCACCCUACACACCACCUCCACGUUUUACAGAAAUGUUUCCACCGAGCGUACUUCAUCCUCCAGACAUAGUCGAACAUGCAGAUCAAGAAAAUAACGAAGAAAAUUCAACACGUGACAAUGAAGACGAAAACUUUUGUUGUAACCGAAACCGACCGCCUUGCGGUUCCGUUGGUGAUAUAUUUGAAGACAGUCUUAGUCAACAAAUCAAUUCACUCUCAAAUUCCGAACGCCAUCCGAUACCAACCGAAGAAACUCCAACAACAAAUUCAAUUCAAGAAUCUGAAGAGAUUCUGGGAUCGUCUUUAAACGCAAUACCUCAACAACAAGCGAUUACUAUUAACAAUAGUGAGCCUGGACCGAGUUCAGACCAAUCUGAAGAAAUACCAGACGGUGUUGACCCUUCGUUUUUGGAAGCUCUUCCUCCAGAUAUGCGUCAAGAAGUGUUGGAACAACAUCGGAUUUUGCGACUUCAGCAACGUAUCGCCGCACGGGCCGAAAAUACCGAAACUGCAGCUGGAGCCACAACGGAAGUUAGUCCUGAAUUUUUGGCAGCUUUGCCUCCCUCACUCCAAGAGGAGGUUCUAUCGCAACAAAGACUCGAACAGCAGAGACAAGCCGCAGCACAAGCGAAUCCGAAUGAACCGGUUGAUGCUGGUGCGUUCUUUGAGACUUUGCAACCGUCAUUGCGGACGAUGAUCUUGUCCGACAUGGAGGAUUCACAAAUGAGUGCUUUGCCACCAGAUCUGGCGGCCGAAGCGCAGACUUUGCGCCGUGAUUGGGAAGCGAGAAAUCGCCAAUUGGUACAAGAGAGGAUUUUGCAGAGUAAUUUAACGAGUAUUAUACGACACUCGGCGAGGGCUAGACAACAGCCCUUACAUCAUUCAUCGGGACAUUUUCAUCGAGCGCAAUGGACGCACUGGAAUAGAGAGUUUAUGAAUAAUUCGUCUACACCAACUCCGCCUUUGAAAAUCCGAGGGAGACAAUUAUUGGAUCAUGAGGGACUUUCGUGUCUUCUGGUACUGCUGUUUACGGAUGAUCCACAUCUAGGCAAAUUGAGACUGCAUCGAGUUAUCAGGAAUUUGUGUUAUCACGCACCGACACGUGAAUGGAUUGUUAACGCACUUCUGUCGAUUAUUGAUAAGAGUGUCCAUGUUAAACCCGAUGAGAGUUUAAAUAAACCGACAAGAAAAAUGCCAAAACCUGGUCCUUUGUCUAGUAAACUGAUGACCGAUUCGAAAUUGCUGCAAAACAAUGGAAACUGGUUAAACAUUCGAAUGGAAGCAGCACUUGGUUGUUCCGCAAAUGUUUUUAUCAUUAAUAGAUCUAACACUGGUAAAAGAAGCGAUAGAUCGGCUUCUUCAAGCAUCAGUAUCCACCCUCAGGCUGCUCCAAUUGUCUGUAGAAAUGCCCUUGAUUUAUUCACUUCGUUAGCUAAAGCUUUCCCUUCAUGCUUGCUCCCCAUCAAGUGUAUUCGAGAUGACCGAGAAGAUAAAAACAACUUGUCACCAGUUCGAGUAAAAUCGGAAUCGUUCGGUGAUUUUUGGGAGAUUUUGCUUCGAUUGGAUUCUGCGAGUACAAAGAAAGGAAAGAGUAUUCCUAAGAGUAGUAACAGUAAUACUGCGGUUGAACCCGAUAACAAAGUUGUUACUUUUGAACAGUCGGUAUUUGGUCAGUUACUAAAUAUGUUGUCUUCACCGGUUGUGAAUAGAAAUACGCAGCUCACAGAUAAUUUAUUGAGGUUACUAUCUGUGAUAACUUCAGGUAUGCCAGAAUUAGCUAAACCUCCUAGCGUUCCAAUCAAGGCUUCGAAAAAUAAACUUCAAAAAGUUGAAAAUAUUACACCUACAAAUGCACUACAUCUUGCUGUUAACGUAAUCACUUACAAAAAUUGUUCCGAAGAAGGGCUCGAAUUUAUUACUAAUUUGCUUCUAAAUCUAGCGAGUUCUACACUUGAAAUGAGCUAUAUGAUCUUAAAUUUGUUGUUAAGUGGCGCUGUGCGCAUCGGAGAAAUAGUGCGUGAACAAAUCAACAACAUGUUAAUUGAGUUGAAAGAAUACAAUGCCCAGAAACGCAAAGUUACAAAUAACGAUGACCUUGGUCCUUCAACGUCAAAAGGAACAAUUGCAGACAGGUUUACCAAAGAAACUGUGAUUAUCACCGCAUCUACCAAACUAAAGGCUUCAUGCGAGCUCCAAUUACCUUCCAUGGUGCCUUUAACUUCAAAAUCUUCAAGUCAACUAUUUUUCUUGAGAGUAUUACGCGUCAUUGUACAAAUACGCAACUCCUUCAAACAAAACGUAAAAAGAGCUGACGCUUUAUGGUGUUACGACAUACCUGCCUUAAGCGAACAACUAAGCAGCAUUGAUAGUCUUUGGGAAACAUUAAGCCAGUGCCUUUCCGAAUUGGAGCAUACUCCAGAUCAUCAUGCCGUCCUUGUAUUGCAGCCCGCUGUGGAGGCUUUCUUCCUCGUUCAUUCCCCCCAGCAGGGUCCAUCAAAGAAGGAGCAAGACACAGAGCCAAGUUCCUCCCAACCCCCCGAAAGUCGUAUAACUACAUCUACCGCCGAGUCCGGCGAUCUGCCAUCGACACCUUCAACUGAAAAUAAGUUCGCUAAUCCAGAAAUCGAACUGCAUACGGCUGAGAAUACCCCAAAAACCGUACCUCCCGAACAACAGAAGUUUCUCAGUUUCGCUGAGAAACACCGACGAGUUUUGAACCAGAUACUGAGACAAAGUACUUCGCAUUUGGCCGAUGGACCAUUCGCUGUGUUGGUGGAUCACACACGAAUUCUUGAUUUUGAUAUCAAAAGGAGGUAUUUCCGAUCGGAGUUGGAGAGGAUGGAUCAAGGUAUACGAAGAGAAGAGACGGCAGUUCAUGUGCGUAGAAGUAAUAUUUUCGAAGAUUCGUUCAGGGAAUUAUACAGACGGACACCUGAAGAGUGGAAAAAUCGAUUCUAUAUUGUUUUUGAAGACGAAGAGGGGCAAGAUGCUGGUGGUUUGUUAAGAGAGUGGUACGUGAUUAUAUCACGUGAUAUUUUUAAUCCAAUGUAUGCCUUGUUUACUGUUUCACCUGGUGAUAGAGUCACUUAUAUGAUUAAUUCAGCUAGCCAUUACAAUCCUAAUCAUCUUUGCUAUUAUAAGUUUGUUGGGAGAGUUAUCGCUAAAGCUAUCUAUGACAAUAAACUACUUGAAUGUUAUUUUACACGAUCAUUUUACAAGCACAUUUUGGGUAUUCCGGUGAAGUACACAGACAUGGAAAGUGAAGAUUACAGUUUUUAUAGAGGAUUAGUCUAUUUAAUGGAAAACAAUAUUAAUAACUUAGGACUUGACUUAACAUUUAGCACUGAAAUUAACGAGUUUGGAGUUACUGAAACUAGAGAUUUAAUUGUUAAUGGACGACAUGUCCCAGUCACUGAAGAGACGAAAAUGGAAUAUAUACGACUCUCGUGUCAGAUGAAAAUGACAGGAGCAAUCAAACAACAACUGAACGCAUUCUUGGACGGAUUCUAUGACAUUAUUCCUAUGCGCCUAAUUUCUAUAUUUAAUGAACAAGAACUUGAAUUGCUUAUUUCAGGAUUACCAAAUGUAGAUAUAGACGAUUUGAAAACCAACACUGAGUAUCAUAAAUACCAAGCAAAUUCACUUCAGAUUCAAUGGUUCUGGCGCGCGUUGAGGUCCUUUGAUCAAGCAGAUCGGGCGAAGUUCCUCCAGUUUGUGACCGGGACGUCAAAGGUUCCAUUACAAGGAUUUGCAGCACUUGAGGGAAUGAACGGUGUACAAAAGUUCCAAAUUCAUAGGGACGAUCGUUCAACUGACAGGUUACCAUCAGCACAUACUUGCUUCAAUCAACUGGAUCUUCCCGUGUACGAAACUUAUGACAAGUUGCGCUCGUACCUGUUGAAGGCUAUUCAUGAGUGUUCUGAAGGCUUCGGCUUUGCUUGAAUAAUUAUUUAUAUUUAAGACUGAUAAAAGUGUUAAUUUUUGUUAAUAUCAAAGUAGGUAGUCACUAUGUAAAUAAAGAUAUAUCUACUACUGUACAAAAGGAACUCAUUGUAAUAUAAUAAAAAAAAAUGUUUUCAUUUUGAUAUGAACAGAAGUUGAGUUUUAUGUAUAUGUGUACUUCAAUUCAUUACAAUGUAAAUUUAUGAUUCGAAGUGACAUUGUAUUUUUGUAAAGGGCCUCUGCGGCAAUUGAGCGUGAUAGAAUGAAUUUGAUUUGCAUGUCAGAUUCACUCCUUCUUAUUAAUAUUAUUUUAAGUAUUCAGUUGUUAAUAACUACAUUAGUUUUUUAAAUAUCGUUUAUUUUGUACAAGUUUCGUUUCUGGUUUACUUUUUUUACAUUUUAAAUGUUGUAGUAAUCCAGUUUUCUCAUAUUUAAUAAAUUUUUCUUAACAUC